AAACGGGGUUAGUUGACGCCCGUGCUUUUCGAAGGGGACUAAAAGAGAAAGUUCGUGCAACCUACGCGACCUCGUGAAAGCAAUGAACAGAAGAGUCAAAUGAGCGUUGAAAAGCACACAUAGUCUGAUAAGAAAGCGAGGUCAAACUGUUUCCUCCCCUCUUCGAGAAUGGCUUAUCAAUUUUUCAAAUCUCUCUUCUUUCUUUCUCUGUGCAAUGAUGUGAGACGUUUCAUGGAGACGAAGACAGGAGAGCAGAUCAGUGAUGAACGCAAGCAGAGGAGACUACGUAUAUGCGCGUAAAAGCAAUAACCAGCGGCUGACUUUAUCUUGCAGCAGUAGCAUGUCAACCGGACGAACCAUUGGGCCGUCGCCUUUUUCCUCUUUCUUCCUUUCUUCUUCUGCUUUAUUGAGCUUUUCCUUUGUUGCUCUCGUCUCUCUCCUGCUCUCCCACCUUCACUCAGUGCACGGACUCUGAGUACUCCAAGCCAUGAAUAAACCUUUCGCCAAUCCCAAGUCCACUCUCUCUUUCCCAUGCCAUUGCCACCCUUCCUCCAUCUGCUCUGCCAUCUGUAACCUUCACCACUUCUGCCACUAAACCUUUCGCAUCUUCCUCCCUCUCUCCCUCUCUCUCUCUCUCUCUCUCUGUGGGUUUCUCCGGCGGCAUGGAGACGCCCAUCAGCAACGGCGGCACUGCUCCUGCGGCGAGCAGCACUGGCGUAAGCAUCUCGACAGCGUCAUCGCCGACGACGUUUGUCCAGGCCGACCCUCGCUCUUUCAAGGACCUCGUCCAGAAACUGACGGGCGUGGCGGAGGACUCCCCCGAGAAGCUGCCCAUCACCUUGCCGGCCAGGUACGCCAACAGGACCAAUGCGGCCGGCGGCAUGGACCCCGUCGGGCCCCGCAGAUCGGCCUUCAAGCUCCACGAGCGGCGGCACGGCGGCAUGCGGAAGCUCGAGGUCAAGUUGGGGCUCACCUCCCUCCGCGCGCCCCACCUCUCUCCAAGAUCUCAGCUGCUCCUCUCCCCCACCACCGCCGCCGUCUCCGAUCUCUUGCUUUCCAGCCCCGUCACCCCACUGGAUCCGUUCGAGAACGGUCUCUACAGCCCGAAUUCCGGUUGCUUUCUUCGGAUCUCGAGCCCAGGCUCCGGCAGCGAGUCGACGUCGCCGGUGCCGGUCGGGGCCAUGUCCGAGGAGGAAAAGGCGAUCGCAGAGAAAGGCUUCUAUCUCCACCCUUCUCCUCUGAACACGCCCAGAGGAACAGAGCCGGAGCUGCUGCCGCUCUUCCCCUUGCAAUCUCCCAGGCAGUCUGCGGUUUCUUCGACCACACCUUCCUUUUCUGAGCCUGGCAUUUCUCCUAAACCCAACUGCUAGAAAUGCCCUCUGCAUGUUUUCGCUGAGCAAGCAUGCUUUCACUCUCUCAAGAAAAUGGAAUCCCAUUUUCCAAUGCCGUUGUUUGCGGAUGCAUGUUUAGGGGUUCUUCGAAGAGCUCUCUCUUCUCUUUCGCUUCAGAAUCUAAUGGCAGAUGUAUUGAGCAUGUUCUCUUUCUGUUUUUGAAGUUCAAAAUAUCAAUCACAACGGCGACCAUCUUCUUCCUUUU